GGUUCCACCUUCCAUAGAUUCUCUCUCUUUCUCUCUCAAUCCGCUGCUACUUUUUCUUCAUCAUCGUCACUCCACAAUCCCUCAUCAAAGCAAAUCUCAACCGUUGUUCCCGUCCGUACAAUCUCCGAUCUAUAAAUCCCCCACCUCAAAUCCGUGUAUGUUGCCCUUGAUCGCUUAUGUUUCCGUUUUCAUUGAGUUUCAGUUUUAUUUAUUCUUUCUAGCUUUUGAAUUAUGAUUUAAUUUGAUUUAUAUGUCAGGGUUUUAGUUUUCUUUUUUUUUUUCCUUAAAAAAAAAAAAGAAAAAAAAAAGUUCGAUUUUUAUAUAUAGUUUUUAAAAAUUUAAAUUUAAAUUAAAUUGCUUGUUGAUAAAUUGAAGCAAAAAAUGGAACAAGAAUCUCAAAAGAGAAAGCUAGAUGAGACUAGUCAUGAAAUUGAGCCUCAAAAUACUCCAAAUUUAUGUGCAAAUAAUUGUGGAUUCUUUGGGAGUUCAAGCACCAAUAAUCUUUGUUCAAAGUGCUACAAAGAUUAUCUGUUGAAACAACCCAAAAUCUUCGAUGAAGAAUCAAAAAAGAGCGUGAAAAACUCGAUUGUAGAGGAAAUUGAGACGAACCCAGUUGAGAAAGAGGGCGGUGCUGGGGUGAAAGAGAGUGUUGCGAGCGAGGGGGCGUCGUCGGGGAAUGUAGAGAGUGAGAAUGGGGAUGGAAAUGCGGAGAAACGACCCGCGAAUAGGUGCAAUUUUUGCAAGAAACGGGUCGGAUUGACGGGGUUUAAGUGUCGGUGUGGGCAGACAUUUUGCUCGAUGCAUCGAUACUCGGAUAAGCAUAACUGUGUGUUUGAUUACAAGGGCGCAGGGCAGGAUGCUAUUGCGAAGGCGAAUCCGGUGGUGAAGGCUGAUAAGAUUGAGAAGAUAUGAUGGGGGGCACGGGAUGGUGGUGGUUUGGUGUAUGAAGAAUUGUGUUAGAGAUAAUAAGUUGCUACUGUCGCUUUGGUACUUUUAUUGUUGUUUGUGUACAGUUUGGUUGUUUCUGUUUAUUGCAUAUGGAAUUUGAUGUCAAAUACAUUUGGUUAUAUAUCAAUUAGUAGUAAUUUCAUAGCUU